AAAAGCGGAGGCUUAGGGGGGGCCUGGAGCGCAGAGCGGUUUGGUCGUUCGUUGGAGUUGCUUCUUGCUUUGGUUCGGCGACUGCGGCUCUUCAUUGGGCGGCGGGAGCGGCACGGCGGUGGGGGAAGCGGCCUCAGACUUCGCUGUUGGGUAAAAGAAAAUGGCCCGAACCAAGCAGACUGCUCGUAAGUCCACGGGUGGGAAAGCGCCCCGCAAACAGCUGGCCACUAAAGCUGCCAGGAAAAGCGCUCCCUCUACCGGCGGGGUGAAAAAACCUCAUCGCUACAGGCCCGGGACCGUCGCGCUUCGAGAAAUCCGUCGUUACCAAAAGUCCACGGAGCUUCUGAUCCGGAAGCUGCCCUUCCAGAGGUUGGUGAGGGAGAUCGCCCAGGAUUUCAAAACUGACUUGAGGUUCCAGAGCGCCGCCAUUGGUGCGCUUCAGGAGGCUAGUGAAGCGUACCUGGUGGGUUUAUUUGAAGAUACCAAUCUGUGUGCCAUCCACGCUAAGAGAGUCACCAUCAUGCCCAAAGACAUCCAGUUGGCUCGCCGGAUACGGGGAGAGAGAGCUUAAGUGAAGGCAGUUUUUAUGGUGUUUUGUAGUAAAUUCUGUAAAAUACUUUGGUUUAAUUUGUGACUUUUUUUGUAAGAAAUUGUUUAUAAUAUGUUGCAUUUGUACUUAAGUCAUUCCAUCUUUCACUCAGGAUGAAUGCGAAAAGUGACUGUUCACAGACCUCAGUGAUGUGAGCACUGUUGCUCAGGAGUGACAAGUUGCUAAUAUGCAGAAGGGAUGGGUGAUAUUUCUUGCUUCUCAUGAUGCAUGUUUCUGUAUGUUAAUGACUUGUUGGGUAGCUAUUAAGGUACUAGAAUUGAUAAAUGUGUACAGGGUCCUUUUGCAAUAAAACUGGUUAUGACUUGAUCCAAGUGUUUAACAAUUGGGGCUGUUAAGUCUGACCAUACAUCACUGUGAUAGAAUGUGGGCUUUUUCAAGGGUGAAGAUACAAGUCUUAACCACAGUGUAACUUACAGUUUCCUUAAAAAAAAAGAAAAAGAAAAAAAAGAAGUAAACCUGGCAGCUAUAGAAUACACUAUGUGCAUUUAUAAUAGCUAUUUUAUAUAUUGUAGUGUCAACAUUUUUAAAUUAAAUGUUUUACAUUCACCUUUGGUGGGGAGUCUUGUCAUUAAGAUUGUGUGUAAUUUAGAGUCCGGUUGGUUUUCUCCUAACUAGACUGCACUUGUUUUCAUACCUAGUAAAAAUGCUUUGCGCAUUAUACCUUGCAUAAGUCCUCAUUCUACCACAUGUUAACUACCCUCUAGCUGAUAAUGCAAACACUAACGGGGGAUUUUAUUUAUAAGGGCUCUAGAAUAUAAUACACGUUAUUCACACCAGCAUUGUCUGUUACUAAUAUAGUAGUUAGUACAGCUUUUCUUUGUGUUGUGGUUGGUCUCAUAACUAGAUUGAGUUUUUCUCUAUCAAGAGGGAACAAAACUGAGCUUUUCCAUCGAGUUUGUAUUAUGAUAAACCUUUGGGGUAAAGUUGCUGUGGGGAAGGGACACAGCGCCAGCUUAUGGAACCUCUGCCAGUUAAAAUGGUGUCAUCUGGUAUAAGGUCCUGGGAAAAUCACUUCAUAGAGAUGGCUUUCCAAGUGGUUUUAAAAUUUAUCCUUCUAUUGAAGUUUUUAGGUCAAUUAUGUAUGUUGACUAAAUUUACAAAUAAACUUGUUUAUCCAACUAAGUGUCAAAAACCUAAAUUGUGCAAAAUUUUAAUACAUCUGUUAUCUAGGUGCUUUAGUUUAUUUCAGGUGUUGCUUGGUAGACAGAACUUUUUAUUUUACAGAGGUAAUUCUUCAAAGCGUGUAAAUAGCCUUGUGCUCUAUAAAAAUGCCAUGACUGCGUAUUUGCAGUGUAGGCUUUGCAGUGUAUUGUUAAUAUGCUCCUUCCACUUCCCCAUAUUGUCAAUAAAAAUACUUUUAUCCAA